GGCAGGAUGGGAGCUGCGCGAACACCUACGCAACCCCUCCAUAGUUUCCCAUGUAUUCUGCAAUUCUGCUCUUUGAAAUACGGAAUUCAAUUAACGCUGGGAACCAACUGAACGUCGCAAUGGUGCACCACUCGGGCUCCAUCCAGUCCUUCAAGCAGCAGAAAGGCAUGCACACCAGCAUCAGCGAGAUCCUGAAGGAGAAGAGCCUGAAGCCGUCUCGCCGCAGCCUGCCCUGCCUGGCCCAGAGUCAGACUCACCCAAUCAACCUCAACCACUUCCUGUCUGUGCCUCUGAGCCCGGAGCCCAAACCAGAAGUCGAGGGUCUGAGUCAGAGCAUCAGCACCUCCUGCAGCCUCCUCCCUCCACAGACAGCAGAGCAUGGCAAGGAUCACUACGUGGAGGAGUCAGAGGCGACUACAUGUGAAACAAAGGCAGACGAGUCGUUCCUGCUGCAAAAGCCUGUCACCCGUGCUAAAUUAGAGGCCCGCACAAAUUCACUUCAGGGAAAGAAUCCAGCUGGUUCCUCUGGGCUGUUUUUCCGAGAUGGGAAGAAGCGCAUUGACUACAUCCUGGUUUACAAGAAGUCCAGUCCACAGGUGGAGAAGAGGUGCACGUUUGAGAAGAAUUUACGGGCUGAGGGCCUAAUGCUGGAGAAGGAGCCCUCCUUGACGAACAAUGACAUCAUGUUUGUGAAGGUCCACGCUCCUUGGGAUACGCUUUGCAAAUACGCAGAGCAGAUGAACAUCCGGAUGCCUUUCAGGAAAAAAUGUUACUUUACAGACUGGAAGAGCAAAACCUUGGGCAGCAGGUUUCAUCUGAGAUGUCGUCAGAUAAAAAGCUGGCUUCCCAGAAAUCCCAUGAAGCUGGACAAAGAGGCCUUGCCUGACCUGGAGGAAACUGAUUGCUACACAGCUCCCUUCAGCAGAGCACGCAUGCAUCACUUCACUAUCAACAAUAGAGAGACGUUCUUUUCCAAUUCCACCAGAAGCAGAAUAGUCCAUCAUGUCCUGCAGCGCACUAAGUACGAGGAUGGAAAAUCAAAGAUGGGUAUCAACCGCUUAUUGGGCAACAACACAUACGAGGCUGCAUUUCCUCCUCAUGAGGGUGGUUACAAGAGCAGACACCCAAUUAAGACACAUGGUGCCCAGAACCACAGGCAUCUUCUGUAUGAGCGCUGGGCCCGCUGGGGAAUCUGGUACAAGUACCAGCCUCUGGACCUCAUCAGGCGAUACUUUGGUGAGAAAAUCGGUCUUUACUUUGCAUGGUUGGGCUGGUACACUGGCAUGUUGAUCCCUGCCGCCCUGGUCGGUGUUUUUGUCUUCCUCUAUGGUCUCUUCACCAUGGACUCGAGCCAAGUCAGUAAAGAGAUUUGUGAAGCCAACACGACCAUCAUGUGUCCCAUGUGUGAGGACACCUGUGAGCCAUGGACACUAAGUGACAGUUGUGUCUACGCAAAGGUGACCCAUCUGUUUGAUAAUGGCGGCACAGUGUUCUUUGCUAUCUUCAUGGCUAUUUGGGCCACAGUAUUCCUGGAGUUCUGGAAAAGGAGGAGGGCAGAACUGACUUAUGACUGGGACCUCAUUGAUUGGGAGGAGGAAGAAGAGGAGCUGAGGCCUCAAUUUGAAGCCAAGUACUCCAGGGUGGAGAGAGUCAACCCAAUCUCUGGCAAGCCCGAGCCUUUCCAGCCCUUCUCAGACAAACUCAGCCGGCUCAUGGUGUCUGUGUCCGGAAUAUUCUUCAUGAUUUCCCUCGUCCUGACAGCCGUGUUUGCUGUGGUGGUUUUCCGUCUCAUAGCGAUGGAGAAGUUCGCUUCCCUCAACUGGUAUUUUGUCAAGAAGAACUGGCAGUUUGCCACCUCUGGCACUGGUGUCUGCAUCAACUUUAUGAUCAUCAUGUCUCUGAAUGUGGUGUAUGAAAAGGUGGCUUAUCUGCUGACAAAUUUAGAGCACCCACGGACAGAGUCUGAGUGGGAGAACAGCUUUGCUCUGAAGAUGUUCCUGUUCCAGUUUGUCAAUUUGAACAGCUCCACCUUUUACAUCGCUUUCUUUCUCGGAAGGUUUGCUGGCAGGCCUGGAAAAUACAAUAAACUCUUUAAUCGAUGGAGACUGGAGGAGUGUCACCCGAGUGGCUGUUUGAUUGAUCUGUGCCUGCAAAUGGGAGUCAUCAUGUUCUUCAAACAAAUCUGGAACAACUUCAUGGAGCUCGGUUAUCCUUUGCUGCAGAACUGGUGGUCUCGCAGGAAGAUGAAGAAAGGAGGUGGUGGAGGGCAGAAUGUAGAGAAUAAAGCCCAGCUUCCACAGUGGGACAAAGACUGGAAUCUGCAGCCGAUGAACGCCCAUGGACUGGUGGACGAAUACCUUGAAAUGGUUCUCCAGUUUGGCUUCACCACCAUCUUUGUAGCGGCGUUCCCGCUGGCUCCCCUCCUGGCACUGCUCAACAACAUCAUCGAGAUUCGUCUUGACGCCUACAAGUUUGUCACUCAGUGGAGGAGACCCAUGCCUGCCCGAGCCACAGACAUAGGCAUCUGGCAUGGGAUUCUCGAAGGUAUCGGCGUGCUAGCAGUCAUCACCAACGCCUUCGUCAUUGCCAUCACCUCAGACUACAUCCCCCGCUUUGUUUACGCCUUCAAAUAUGGCCCGUGUGUGGACAAGGGACACCACCACGAGGAUGAGUGUUUGCGAGGCUACAUGAACAGCAGCCUGUCCGUGUUUGAAAUGAAGGAGGCGAACAGCAGCCAGACCAGAUACUGCAGGUACAGAGACUACAGAGCGCCGCCCUGGAGCUCGGUGCCGUACGAAUUCACCCUGCAGUUUUGGCACGUCCUGGCUGCCAGGCUGGCCUUCAUCAUCGUCUUUGAGCACCUGGUGUUUGGGAUCAAGUCCUUCAUAGCGUACCUCAUUCCGGACAUGCCGAAGGAUCUCUGCGAUCGAAUGAGGAGGGAAAAGUACCUGAUGCAGGAGAUGAUGUACGAGGCAGAACUGGAGCACCUGCAGAAGGAGAGAAAGAAGAACGGACGGCGUUAUCACCACGAGUGGCCUUAGCUUCACCCCUGCGUCUCCGCUACACGCUUCACAGCCCUCGACUCACUGGCACAACCUCCCCUGCCUGCUUAUUUAUGUAUUUUAGCUUUUAGAGUCCAGCUUCACUCGGCUGAUUCUGUACACCAAAGACACCCUCUUCAGUAACCAGAUCCUCCCCCAAACCUGUCUGGCUCCAGGCUCCGACCCGGGCCACUCCCUCGCCAUCUGUUCCACGUCCAGUGUUAGCGCUGCCCUUGGUUCCUAGCUCCGACCCCUCCCGCCCCACCUCGAUUGCUCACCUGGCUUCACCCAGCAGGUUGCCCUUGUCUCUGCGUGUCAUGGCUUCACUGGGAAAAACCUGUGCAAUUGUAAUGUCUACUAUGCAGAUCAAGGGCUGCAGAUGACCACUGUCCACUUUUGGCACCCAUCCUGCACUCUCUUUCUCUCUGUGUGGCAGCUAGCACCCCCGCUUUGACACUGCAGUUUGGUGCAGCUCGCAGCAUGCCCGCGUUUUUCUCCCGUGAGCAUCAGCGGAGCCGCCGCUCUGCUGGUCAUGUGACAGAGCUACUGUGGCACUUAGCGUUUCUUGUUGCAAAAGUGAUUCUGGUGAUGUGGCUACCAAAUACAAUGGACACUGUUCUUGCAAAGCGACUGUAAAUUUGCCCUCAAAGCAUGCUGAUUAAUAUUUGCGGCCAUUUCGUUAACUGCAAAGAAAAAAAUAACAAAAAUUGAAACUGCAGCACUCAUCGUGGAGGAUGUUAACAUCUAUUCAGUACAUUUGACAAAGAAGUCAUAUAAAGUGCAUGGUAAUAUUGUUUUGUACCUUUUGAUAGACAAAGCCCCCGUCUUGAUGCCUGGUUCACGUGUGUCUGUACUCAGUGUGAGCUGUUAAUCUCCGUCUGUGCUACUGCUGAGCUUGACUGUCUUGAGUCGAGGAAAUGUGAACUUAGUGCGAUUUGAUUGUGCCUACAGUUGUGCUCACCACAAUUGUGUCACCAACAUCACGUGUGCCUGUUUGUGCUGCACGUGCUUUUUUCAAGUGCAAGAAAUAUUCCCUCUCCUCGUCCUGUUGUCUGAUCUUCUGUAAACUCUCUGAACUCUCCUGUGAGGAUUUGCUUUGGAUGUGAGUCACACCGCAGUACCUACUCGGGUCUCGGCUAACGGCUCUGAAACACGCCGACGGUGUACGUUGUAAUGUGACCCCCAUCAUGAACAAUGUAUGCACUCGCAUGCAGGAGCCGCAGAUCUGCUCUUCUGCUCUGCGCUCGCAGCCUGUUUUUCAUUUGCUGCUGGAAGCCCCGAAGCGUGGUUGAAAGUUGGAUCACUUAGACAUACCUGUGGCUUGGAUGUUCAGUUUGCAAAGAACAUCCAUCCACUGUUUCUCACUUACAAAGCACACCAACAUCUUCAGUUCUAGCCCUUUGCUAAGCACACGGUCAGAUGCGGUUUCGGCUACUUCCUGACCUUCAUUGAUGUGAAACUGAGAAAUUAGGUUUUGUUAAAUGCAGAGUUUUGGCAUUGCCUCGUGUUGUGGUGAGUUCUGAUGUCACGGAUUAGAGAGCUCAGGAAAACAGGCAGCACGAGCGAAGCGUCCAUCUGUGUGGCUGAGUCAGAACCAUACUCAUUUCCUGUUUCAUUCAUGUCGAGAUGGAGAGUUGUGGAGUGGAGUUAACGAGGGGUUUUGUAUUUUCUAGGUGAUGAGAGCGUUCACGUUGGCAGGAGCUUCAGUGCAGCUCAUGUUGAUCAUUUGAUGGUAAAUAAGAUUUAGAGUUAACCACAUUAUGCACAGUAAAUGUGACGGUUACAGCAACCCAACAGCUGAAGAUAAAGAAUAUCGCUACCCUGAAUGCACUGCACAACACUGAUGAACAAAUUUGUUAUUUUAAGUGCACAUUUGUUCAAUUUGCCUAUUUAUUUAUUCCGCUGUUCUUUGUAUAUACAUGUUAUGAUGUAUGUAACGUUUUUAUACUUUUUAUUUCGUGCUAUCGCUAUGAAUUCACCUGGUCUCCCCCUCAGAUUGACAAAGUAACGUCCACACUUCUCAGGUGUCCUCUGAAUGUUUGCAGAUGAUCAACUUUUUAUCAUAUUUUCUAAGAUGCGGUCAAAGGUAUCCUGCUUUUUUAGAUAUAUAUUUUUGCACUGCAGUGCAUUUGCAUGACUGUAUUGCACACUCACAGUUGAAAGCAUGUCUGAUUUUUUUGCAUAAUCACAGUAAGUACUAUAUUAGAGCAGAUCACAAAUCAUGACAUACAAUCACACUGUUCAUAAUGAAGACGUAUGAUGCAGAUCGUUGGUUAAGAAGUAAUGAUGCUUUCAGGUUGUAAUGUCCGAUGAUCAUAACCAUUUCAUUCACAAGAGAGAGAUAUUUGUUUUAAAAUCUUGCUCCAGUACUUAGGAAACUAGGCCAGGUCUUCAGAUUAUCUUCCCUGCUAUGUGAACAUUUGGAAUCUAUGCAUGUUGUUAUCCUUGAGUGCUACAUUUAUUUUGAACAGAUGCAGAUGUAAAUGUACUGGUACAGUCUUACUGUCGAGUAUGCAUGACCUAACACCUGCUUUGAGCAGAGCGAACUUCUGUAGAGUUGUUAACAGCGUCUUAAACAUAUCACCUCCCUUUUCCUGUGUUGAUCAUUUUUGGAGGUCCGGACAGGACAUUAUGUUUCUUGAUGUGGCAGAAUUUUAUACUGGAAGAGUAUUUUCUAAAUAAUAUCUUGGACUCCAGAAUGAUUUAUAUAAUCUGGCCUGGACGGAAUUUAAAGGAGAAUCUGAUUAAACUAAACACAGAUUUGCUCUGGUUGAACACUCAGCUGGGAAUUAGAAUUAUGUUUACCACCAAACAGCUGAAGUGUUUCACUUAUUGGGUAUUUGGAAUAAAUGAACUGUGUGACCUUAGAUGUUUGACUUGCCCAGCUACUAAUCACGUCCAGAUGGAUCUUUUUCCUGCUGUUUUCUCCUCCCUAAGAGCAUCGGUUCACCUUCUCACUAACACAAAUGCUGCACAGUGGUGGAAAGGUGUUUUUCAUGCCUUCUACUGUUUGCAAUAGCACAAUAUGGGUAAAGCAUAAUAAGUAAUAAUGGCAUGACCUUGCACAUCUUUGAAAACAUAGCAGGCUAAAGGGGGAUUAAGCUUUCUGUUCUAUGCUAUGCCUACUAAUAGGAUUGUGCUUGAGCAAGUGAUGUACUUGACGUGGAAGCACAGUGACAUUAGACCAUAGAUUUACUGUACAAUAGGUUGGUAUCAGUCGUGACAUGAAGUGUAUCAAUAACAUUGUUUACUUCCUUCCUGUUUACAUGUAAAAACAUGUUGAAAUGUAUAAAAAUGAUGUAACAUAA